AUGCACGUUGCUGCUUUCAGUCAGGAGCAGAAAGCCUAUGCCACCGUUAUGCACCAGCCAAGCUCGUAUCAGUAUAGGGUAAAGGGAAUCCCCAGAGGCAUGGAAAAUGGCAGGGUCACGUUUCCAUUUCCCUACGAGCCAUACAAUAUCCAGGAGCAGUUUAUGGAAGCCCUCUACAGCGCACUGGACCACAGCAAAGUGGGCAUCUUUGAAAGUCCAACAGGAACGGGAAAGUCACUGAGUCUGAUAUGUGGCGCGCUGAGCUGGCUAACAGAUUAUGAGGAGAAGAAGAAACAGGAGGCUGCUGCUCUGCUACAGGAAGGAGAGGCGGUUCUGUCCACCUCAGUGGCUCCGGCCUCUGGCGCCGGCUCCUCAGCAGAACCAGACUGGAUCACAGAUUUUGUCCAGAAAAAGGCUGAACGUGAUCUGGUGUCACAGCUCAAGGAGCAAGAGUUAAGAAGGAAGAAGAGGGAAGAACGGCUUGAAAUGAUCCGUAACAAUGCUCAACUAAAGUAUGCUAUGAAGAGAAAGAGCUGCGAAGAGGACGAGGCAUUCAAGCUGCUUCAGCACAGUAAGGAAGAGCAUGCGGAAGCCCCAGGAGAUCCGGCCGAUGAAGACCUCAUCAUUGCAGAAUAUGAAAGUGAUGAUGAGACCAAGAGUAAAGGCAGAUUCUUGGGAGGUGAGGAGGAGGACGAUGAUGAGCUGGUUGAGGAGCAUGUGACUAAGAUUUAUUACUGCAGUCGCACGCACUCCCAGUUGGCCCAGUUUGUCCACGAGGUCCAGAAAAGCCCCUUCAGUAAGGACAUAAGUUUGGUUACCCUGGGUUCAAGACAGAAUCUGUGUGUUAAUGAACAGGUGCGACGUCUGGGCAGCAUCCAGCACAUUAAUGACCGCUGCAUGGAGAUGCAGAAGAAUAAAAAUGAGAAGCUGCAUCACGAGGAGGGCGCAAAACGCAAGCGAGGCCCCGCAAAGAGUGUGUGUCCCUACAACAAAGCCUCCGCUCUGCAGCAGAUGAGGGAUGGAGUUCUGGGGACGGUCCAUGACAUAGAACAGCUGCUGAAACUGGGGAAGGAAACUCAUUCAUGCCCUUAUUAUGCCACGCGUCUUGCUAUUCCCCCUGCACAGUUGGUGGUGUUGCCCUAUCAAAUGGUGCUUCAUGAGGCUACAAGAAGGGCAGCGGGGGUCCAGCUAAAGGGACAGGUGGUGAUCAUAGAUGAAGCUCAUAAUCUUAGUGACACUCUCUCCUGCAUAUACAGCACAGAGCUGACUGGUGCUCAGCUUUGCCGUGCACACUCCCAGCUCACACAGUAUGCUGAUCGCUAUAGGAGCCGACUGAAGGCUAAGAAUCUGAUGUACAUCAAGCAGAUCCUGUUUGUUAUCGAGGGACUGGUCCGUGUGCUUGGAGGUAAAAUUGGACAAAAUCCACAGACCCAGAUCACACAAGCAGGGACAGAGAUGCACACCAUUAACAACUUUCUCUUCAAGGCUCAGAUUGACAACAUAAACUUGUUUAAGCUGCAUAGGUACUUUGAGAAGAGUAUGAUCAGCAGGAAACUGGGUGGAUUUGUGGAGAAGUAUGCGGGCUCAGGUGUGACCCUGCAAACCCAGACCAGCUGCAACAAAGAGAACCGACGCACAGAAGGCCUGAAUCGUUACAUUCAGACCUUACAGAGCAACCGGGGCUCUGCGCCAGUUCCCUCUGCAGACCAGCAGGGGUCUAUUGAGGCCGACAAAGUGCUGUCCGCCUCUCCCAUGAUGCAGGUGGAAGGUUUCUUCAUGGCUCUGACCAGCAGCAAUACAGACGGCAGGGUGGUGGUUCACAGACAAGGCACCGUGUCAGAGAGCAGCAUCAAGUUCCUCCUUCUGAACCCAGCUGUUCAUUUUGCUCAGGUCCUAAAGGAGUGCAGAGCCGUCAUUAUCGCUGGGGGAACCAUGCAGCCUGUUUCAGACUUUAAACAAGAGCUGCUGUUUUCUGCCGGAGUCGGGGAGGAGCGCAUUGUGGAGUUUUCCUGUGGCCACGUCAUUCCCCCAGAGAGCAUCCUCCCCAUCGUCUUGUGCAGCGGCCCAUCUGGCCAGGAACUGGAUUUCACUUUUCAAAACCGAGAUUCUCCUCGCAUGAUGGAUGAAACGGGUCGCAUACUCUCCAACAUUUGCAACGUGGUCCCUGGAGGUGUCGUGUGUUUCUUUCCCUCUUACGAAUAUUCGAGGCGGGUCGUUUCUCACUGGGAAGCCAGCGGUGUGCUUGCCCGAUUGGCAAACAAGAAGAAGAUCUUUCAAGAGCCAAAGAAGGCCAGCCAAGUGGAGCAGGUGCUGGGCGAGUUUUCCCGCUGCAUUCAGAGGUGUGCCGCCGACAGCGGCGGACUCACUGGCGCGCUGCUGUUGUCUGUGGUCGGAGGGAAGAUGAGCGAGGGAAUCAAUUUCUCCGAUGACUUGGGCAGGUGUGUUGUGAUGGUCGGAAUGCCAUAUCCAAACAUCAAGUCCCCGGAGCUCCAGGAAAAGAUGUCAUAUCUGGACAAACACCUGCCUCCCACUCAAGGAAGGAGCCCCGGACAAGCUCUUAUAGAAAACCUCUGCAUGAGGGCUGUCAACCAGUCUAUAGGAAGAGCUAUCCGUCACCGUGGUGACUAUUCCUCCAUUGUGCUGUGUGACAGACGUUAUUCUCGGCCAGCUACUCUCUCCAAACUCCCCGCCUGGAUCAAAGAGCGCACCAGCACACAUUCAACUUUUGGUCCUGCUUUUGCUGCUUUACGAAAGUUCUUUCAAGAGAAGAAGCAUAAGAAAAUGUAG